AUGGCGAUACAUUUAUACAAAACUUCUACCCCGAGCACACGCAAUCGAACCGUAGACAGUCGAGUGAAAUCCAAUCCACGAAAUAAUUUGAUCUAUGGACAGCAUCGUUGUGGGAAAGGUCGUAAUGCCAGAGGAAUCAUUACCGCAGGGCAUAGAGGGGGAGGUCAUAAGCGUCUAUACCGUAAAAUAGAUUUUCGACGGAAUGAAAAAGACAUAUAUGGUAGAAUCGUAACCAUAGAAUACGACCCUAAUCGAAAUGCAUACAUCUGUCUCAUACACUAUGGGGAUGGUGAGAAGAGAUAUAUUUUACAUCCCAGAGGGGCUAUAAUUGGAGAUACCAUUGUUUCUGGUACAGAAGUUCCUAUAAAAAUGGGAAAUGCCCUACCUUUGAGUGCGAUAUCAUCUACAUCCAGAAAGCCGUAUGCUUUGGAAGAAGCUUGUACAGUUUGGGAAGGGGUUUUGAUUGAUCAAAAAGAAGAAUCUACUUCAACCGAUAUGCCCUUAGGCACGGCCAUACAUAACAUAGAAAUCACACGUGGAAGGGGUGGACAAUUAGCUAGAGCAGCGGGUGCUGUAGCGAAACUGAUUGCAAAAGAGGGGAAAUCGGCCACAUUAAAAUUACCUUCUGGGGAGGCACUUGAACCCGCUUGGAUCACGUCUAGACAAAUAGAAGCAGGUAGACGGGCAAUGACACGAAAUGCACGUCGCGGUGGAAAAAUUUGGACCCUUUUGAAUGUAGCAGAUAACAGCGGGGCUCGAGAAUUGAUGUGUAUUCGAAUCAUAGGAGCUAGCAAUCGUCGAUAUGCUCAUAUCGGUGACGUUAUUGUUGCUGUGAUCAAAGAAGCAGUGCCAAAUAUGCCCCUAGCAAGAUCAGAGGUGGUCAGAGCUGUAAUUGUACGUACUUGUAAAGAACUCAAACGUGAUAACGGUAUGAUAAUACGAUAUGAUGACAAUGCUGCGGUUGUCAUUGACCAAGAAGGAAACCCCAAAGGAACUCGAAUUUUUGGUGCAAUUGCCCGUGAAUUGAGACAGUUAAAUUUUACUAAAAUAGUUUCAUUAGCUCCGGAGGUAUUGUAA